GAUCUCAACACUAUUAAAACAGAGAAAAUUAGUGUGCAUAUACCAAAGAAAAGUUUACUCAAUUAGUGAGCGUAUACCAAAGAAAAGGUUUGUCAAGAUGAAGCAAUUAGAGGAAACUAAAAUUGGUGGUGCAAAGACAAAACAGGUGGUUCCACCACCUCCUCCACCUCUGCCACAACUUCCAAGGUUCUGGGUUAAGAAGAGUUUUACAGAAAGUGUGACAAAUCAAGAGAUUGCCAAAUUCUGGAGGCAGAAGCGCAUUGAGGAAGAAGAUCACCUUCUUGCUGCCAUCAAGGCUGCAGCUCGAAUUAGGGCCCGAAAUCUUUCAGAGGAAGACUACAAGUGCUUUGAGGAUUCCUUGAAGGAUGAGGAUGAAGAUACCAUGGAGAACAACACAGCAGUCACAGCCAGUGACAGCAAGAACAAUGAAAUUCGUGUGGGAAUAAAGGACUGGUGGACAAAAAGCAAGUAUGCCUACUUAAACCAGCCAGCCAUCAAGUCCAUGGAUCCUUGCAAAAGAAGAACUUCCACUUACAUUCCCAAUUGUUUGCAUUAUAAGCCCACUCCUUUAUAUCCUACAUCCCUUGGUGUGUUUUAGACCAUUGGAGCUGCUUAAAUUGAUUGUAUUCAUUUGAAAAUGUGAAAAACAUUGUUUGUGCUGCA